GCGGAAAUGAUAUGUCACGUGAUACACACAUAGAACCCGGCGAAAAUGGCAACUUUAGAAGAUAAAGCUAUUUGGGAUGACGGAGAGGAAAGUUUGGGAGAAGAAAUAUUGAAACUUUCAACAGAUGAAAUAGUCACAAGAACAAAGUUAUUAGAAAAUGAAAUUAAAAUCAUGAAAAGUGAAAUUCUCCGCAUCAACCACGACCUAACAGCAACCAAGGAAAAGAUAAAAGAAAAUACAGAGAAAAUAAAAGUCAACAAGACCCUGCCAUAUUUAGUUUCCAAUGUCAUAGAGUUACUGGACAUGGACCCUCAGGAGACUGGUGAGGAGGAUGGGGCCAACAUUGAUCUUGAUGCACAGAGGAAGGGCAAGUGUGCUGUUAUCAAGACUUCAACACGACAGACCUACUUUCUACCUGUGAUAGGACUGGUAGACCCUGAGAAAUUAAAUCCUGGUGACUUGGUGGGUGUAAACAAAGACUCCUACUUGGUGCUGGAGACCCUACCUCAGGAAUUUGACUCGCGUGUAAAGGCUAUGGAAGUAGAUGAGAGGCCAACAGAACAGUACUCCGACAUUGGUGGACUGGACAAACAGAUACAGGAAUUAAUAGAAGCAGUAGUUUUACCUAUGACCCACAGAGAACGAUUUGAAGCUUUAGGUGUGCAGCCUCCCAAAGGUGUGUUGCUGUAUGGUGCCCCUGGUACUGGUAAGACCCUGUUGGCCAGGGCCUGUGCUGCACAAACCAAGUCCACCUUCUUGAAGCUAGCUGGACCACAGUUGGUACAGAUGUUUAUUGGUGAUGGAGCCAAACUUGUGAGGGAUGCCUUCGCACUUGCUAAAGAAAAACAGCCAGCUAUCAUCUUCAUUGAUGAGUUGGAUGCCAUUGGUACCAAGCGUUUUGACUCCGAGAAAGCAGGUGACAGGGAGGUACAAAGAACCAUGUUGGAACUCCUCAACCAGAUGGAUGGAUUUCAACCUAAUGCACAGAUCAAGGUUAUUGCUGCUACCAACAGAGUUGACAUUCUUGACCCCGCCCUCUUGAGGUCUGGGCGGUUAGAUAGGAAGAUCGAGUUCCCUCACCCCAAUGAGGAGGCCAGAGCACGUAUCCUACAGAUCCACUCCAGGAAAAUGAAUGUCAGCAAAGAAGUUAACUAUGAGGAGUUGUCGCGAUGCACAGAUGAUUUCAACGGAGCUCAGCUGAAGGCCGUGUGUGUUGAGGCAGGAAUGAUUGCAUUAAGGAGAGGAGCAACGGAGCUAGCCCAUGAGGAUUACAUGGAUGCCAUAAUAGAAGUACAGGCGAAAAAGAAGGCCAACUUACAAUACUAUGCAUAGUGUUACAGAUUGUACUAGAAUAAAGGACUUUGGUUUGUUUACAGAGCCUUGUGAUCAUCACAUUAAGUGCUUGUUUACAGACAUUGACAUGUGAUCUUGUGGAUAACACUAGUAGACUGAAACUAGAGUUUGGGACUUUCUGUUCAACCUGUGUUCAGUUAUUGUGAUGUGGAGAUCUGAGGAAUAUGUAUCAUUAGGACAACAUUUUGUGAUUCUGUUUGUUGACAGUGUCACUGGAUCCAUUGUAAUGUCAGGUUAAUUGUAAUAAAACAGUGACAAUUCCA